CCACAGUUUCCCUUGAUGAUCUGGGCGUUCGUGAACUUCUAUGUCAAGCAACCCUGUGUGCUGCUGGAGUUGAUCUGUCUGUUCGGCUACUCCGUCUUCAUGUUCAUCCCUGUGUCGGUGGUCUGCGUUGUGCCAAGUGAGGCGUUGAGAUGGACCGCUGUAGUUCUAGGCUUCGGCGUAUCGAGUCUGGUCUUGCUGGGUAAUCUGUAUCCAAUGAUACAAUCGCUGAACCAGAAGACAGCCUACGUGGUGCUCGGGGCAACGGCCUCGGCCCAGAUUCUGCUAGCUGUGAUAUUCAAGAUGUAUUUCUUCGAGUAUGCUUAAUCCUGCCGCUGUUGUGAAGUUCCAAAGGCAUAUCCGAGUGUCACUGGCCUGUAGCAAAGUACUAUUAUACGUUGAAGACACGGAAGGUUAAGGUGUUCCCGAGUGCCCACUUCGAGAAUACUUUUAAAUAGCGAGUGUACGGACAUGAUGAUCUUUCUCGGCAAUACGACAAGACGCUUUGUUUUCGGCAUGUAGCCGAGAAUUACUUUACCUCCAGAAUUAUUAAUUUUUGAUCGACGAAUACCUUCUGUGGGUGAUUAUUUUAAAACAAAGAGUAUGAAGAUUGUAAAG